UAGUGACAGAAAGAAGCAGUUGGACAUUUAUAAGCAUACAGUAAGUGUGUUUGAUUGCUAUAGUAUAUAACAUUUCAUAAAGUGGGAUCACGGAAAGACAAGAAUUUACAAAAUUUAGAAGAAGCUAUUUAAAAGUUUAUCUGAGACAGGCAAAGAAAAAGAGACAUCAGCUUGGAGACCGCACAACCUAACCAGGUCCAUCUGGUCACAUCUGGAAAUACAGUUCAGCCAUUCAGAUCUAAUCAAAUGUAUUGCAGUCUUUCUGACGCCUCCCUGACGGGAUCAGAUAAUGGGAACAAGACAAACCGUACAGAUGACAGCAUUGUGAGUAACACUAUCUCUGUCACUUUUGGGGCCCUCAUCCUCAGCAUUGUCUUCCUUCUGGGAGUUCCUGGCAACCUCUUCAUUAUAUGGAGCAUCCUAGCACGUGCCCGCAAACGCUCCGUCACCACCCUGCUCAUCCUCAACCUGGCUUGUGCAGACGGUUGUCUGAUGUGUCUGACGAUUUUCUUUAUAAUAUACCUAGCCAAGCAGAACUGGAUAUUUGGAAGUGUCAUGUGCAAGCUGCUUUUUUACUUGUGCAAUACAAACAUGUAUGCUUCUAUUAUGAUCAUUACGAUAAUGAGUCUACAGAGACUAGUGGCAGUGAUGUGGCCCACAUACUUGAAUGCCUGCACUCGUAGACGGACAGUAAUAGUUGUGCUUGGAGGCCUGUGGAUUGUCGUAUUUCUUUUGGCACUUCCUGCUUUGAUGUUCAGAGAAGAAAUUAAGAAUUACAAUGGGAAGAACCGCACUGUGUGCGCAACUCAUCACACGUGUCCACAGCAUGUGGUAUUUCAGUACACACUUGAGACAGUAGUGGGCUUUCUGGUGCCAUAUGUGAUCAUAGUCAGCAGUUAUGUGUGUAUCCUUCGCCGCCUCAGACAGACCAAGUUCAAGAGAAAGAUACGAAGUGAGAACCUCAUUCAAGCCAUUAUUGUGACGUUCUGCAUCUUUUGGCUUCCCUACCACUUUAUUAAUAUAGUGCAAGUGGUAGCAGCUCUUACACCAGAGGAAUACCCACUCAAAAUUGAACUGGAUAAAAUCUGGCAGUCCAGCCGUGCUGUAACGUCCGCUCUGGCGUUUAUCAGUAGCUGUGCCAAUCCUGUCCUCUACACGUUUGCUGGACGCUCCUACAUCAAAGCUGAUGGUCUGGCAUUCAUGGCCAGACUCUUUGAAGGCACUGCCCUGGACUAUGCUGCACGGAAAAGCCCUCAGAACACAGAUGACAUCAGGCUCUAAACCUCAUUGGAUCAGACACAUAAAAAAGAAUCUUGGACAAUAAAUUGUAUACUUUCAGCAGUUUGUAUGGUGACUGAUCCAGUAGGGAAUGAAAAAGGUCAACAACUACACCUAAAAAAAACAACACCACCAGCCUAAAGACCUAUAGUGUUUUUAUAUUGAUUAGCUGACUGAAAUCUAUUAUAAAUGUGCUAAUGUUUUUAUGCAGCUUUCAUUUUUAAAAUAAAGUUUGUCAAAUAUUUAUACAGAACUACCCCCAUCCCCAGAGACUGGAAUUAAGUUUCACAUUUUAUAGUCAUAUUGUGUAUUCACUUUUGGCAGUAAAGAGUCAUAUUCAGUAAUUAAACCGUUCUGGACAUCCUUGUUGGAAAUACCUAAAACAGUUAAAAAGCCAAUUCAAUAUGAAUAUGCAUAAAUUACUUAGUCACAUAGAAAAUAAUUUUAGCACCCAAUCUGUUUUUAUUUUUUAUUUUUUAUAUUUAUAUAUAUUUGACUUUUAAAGUUCCACAAUUAAUCAAAUUUAUUGCAGUGGUUUCAAAUCCUCACUGACAGUAUAUUGCUGGCAUCUUUCAGAGUAACAAGCAAACUAGGACAAACUAUACUACGGAAUACAGUUGUGUACUUUAAUCUUCUGUGCCCAUUGACUUAUAUCUCUAGUAAAAUAAGGACAUGGAAGGCACCUU